CAGGUCUCGACAGUCUGAAAAAGCCCCAUAGAAGGCAGUGGUACUGAAAGGGUAUAGUUCAGUGCAGUGUAGCACAGUACUCCUUUUGUUAUCAACAACCUAUUCGUUUUCAGUAUUUUUAAAUCACUAAGGCGAACUGCAACUGCAUCGGACGUUGUACUUUUUGAUUUUGUUAUUGUAAGGACAGUGUGGUGUCAAGGGCAGUGUUGACAUUGCAGACAGCUCUCAGUAUUUAGGUGCUGUUGUUUUCUCGGUGAAAAAGUAGGUAAGCAGAGAAAUGCCAUAUGUAAGCGGCUUCAUUGCCACACUGGUGGUGCUGAUUCUUUGUCGGGUAGAGGAGAUUGCAGAAGCAUGCAGUUGCUCGCCCGUCCACCCUCAACAGGCGUUUUGCAACGCCGACAUCGUAAUCAGGGCUAAGGUGGUAGGAGGAAAAGAGGUGGAUGCUGGGAAUGAUAUUUAUGGAAACCCCAUCAAAAGGAUCCAGUAUGAUAUCAAGCAGAUCAAGAUGUUUAAAGGACCAGACCAUCACAUUGACAUGAUCUUUACUGCACCAUCAUCUGCUGUGUGUGGGAUAAGCAUGGAGACCAAUGGAAAGAAGGAGUACCUCAUCUCAGGCAAGACAGAUGGUAAUAGGAACAUGUAUGUGACCCUGUGUGAUCUCAUCAUGCCCUGGGAGUCCAUGAGUGCCACCCAGAAGAAGAGCCUGAGCCAGCGUUACCAGAUGGGCUGUGACUGCAAGAUCACCCGAUGUGCAGCCUUGCCAUGUUUGACCAAUACUCCAGAGGAGUGCCUGUGGACUGACUGGGUGACAGAGAAGAUCAUCCAUGGACGCCAGGCUGACCACUACGCCUGCAUCAAGAGAGUAGAUGGUUCGUGUGCCUGGUACCGUGGAAGUGCUCCACCCAAGAAAGAGUUUCUGGAAAACGAGGACCCAUAAUCUAGUCCUAUAUCUGUCUUCAUUGUCUGAUCUGAAGUUCUUUAAAAUGCCAUAUGUUAAAGAUCCGACAUAAGUCAGAACAAACGAAAAGAGAAAACUACACCAAACUGAAGUGUAUAGAUAGUAUAGAUUAGUUUACAGUCAUCAUUAGAUAUUGAAACAUGACACAGUGGAACUGGUCAAAUAAUGAUGUAAUUUCUCCUCCAAGGCUUGCAGUCAAACCCCCCACCAUUAUAUGAUGGACAAUCCUAAUUUGUGAGCACUUUCUACCCCUAACAGCGCUUAAUCUUUCCUUUUUUUUUAAAGGACUGAAAUGGCCUCCAAGUCCUGCAAAGCUGCAGACAUUUGCAGACUCUCAGCUCAUUUCACAUCUUUAAUUUGUUGAGACUUUGUCCAAACCCCAAAUAAAGAGACAGCUAAAAUAUUACUCUUGCUUAGUUUAGUUUCCCAUAGCUAUGCCAGUUGGUCCAGUCAGAUAAAUGGUGAGGCAGGACUUCCCAGAUAGUUCAAAGAUAAACUGAGACCAAAAGAAGAGCAUUAAAACAGGCAGUUGCAUGGGUUUUAGAAAAGAAAAUUAGAGACCAAAGUUAACGUCACUCCACACUGAUUUGUGAGGGACAAAGAAACUUAGUUUGCUGCUGACCAAAUUCCAGAAUGUGUAACUCUAGUACAUGGAGACAAGUUUUGUUUUUAACAGAAGCAGAUGCCUCUUUU